AAGAAAUGCCUUAUCCGUCACAAAAUUUUCUGAAAGAAUUGAAAAAGCCUUAAUAGACCUAAAAGGGGACAUUCCAACAGUACACCCUAGAAAAAUUUGUUUAAAAUGCUACUCUACUAAAAAUGUGGAAACCAAAAAUACAACACCCAUAUUAAAUGGUUUCCACAUAAUCCAAGUGACUGUGACACUUGAAAAUUGGUGGAAAAAAAACCAAAUCUAAAAGUGUGGGAAGACCACCGAAAGAUGGUAGUAUGUGGACACGACACAUGACUGAGGUGUUAUACGAAAAGACUACCAAAGAGAUACAGCAGAGAGGAUUUCUCUUGUAAUAAGUCACUGCCAGAAUUUAUAUGCUUUUUGUGCAAGGAUAUUCUUAGAAGACCUGUAGGGAUAAUGCCUUGUGAGCACAACUUCUGCUUAGAAUGUUUGGUACCCAAUAUUGAAGGUAGGAGAGAAACGGACUGGAAAUGCCCUCAAUGCAAACUGCUUAUAAAAAGCAACCAAAUUAAUCCAUCAAAAAAGAUACAAAAUCUCACAAAAAUGUUAUCGACCAAAUGUAAAAGAUGUGGUCAUUUAUUUAAUUUGGACGAAGAAAAAGAAAAAAAAACAGCAUGAGGCAUCGUGCAUCAGUCAAUCUCCAACAAUCAACGAUGCAAAAUCUGAUGAAGCAGUUUUGCAAAUCAUCAGGAAAAAAAAUGGCCGAAUCAAAACUUCUAAAUAAAAGCAUUGUAUUCAAAACAGCUGGUAGAAAACUGCAAUUGAAAACUUCAUGAACUAUUACCGAAAAACUUGGCCAGAUGCGUCGAUUACGCCAAAGUUACACAUGCUGGAAAAUCAUGCGAUUGAUUUUGUCAGAAGAUGGGGUACAGCAUUUGGUUUUUAUGGAGAGCAGGGUGCAGAGAGCAUUCAUCCAACAUUCAACAAGUUGAUGGCUACUUAUUGUCAAAUGAAGAUGUAUUUUUAAAAUUUAUUAUAAUGGAAUUAGAUGAUAGCAAAUAUGGCUACUUCGGGUAUUUUAAAAUUUUUUGGCUACCUUUGAGCUAUAAUGGUGCUCACAAAAAAAAGUACAGCAACAUCACUCCAAUCAAAAUAAGUUCUCCAAACAAUACUCUAUCAAAAAAAAUUUACCUGAUAUUCCUAGUUUGGGUAGAACUUGAAAUAUCGUGUUCGAUUUCCUUGCAACCACAUUUCCAAGACGAAUCCAGGUUGUCUUUUUCAGCCAUGUGUCACCGCAGAUUAGUGGUUAUAGCUCUCGUACUCUGUGCGGGAGACCGGGGUUCGAUCCUCUUGACGGCGAUUCAACAUGGGCGAGUGAAUGUUACCAUAGCCCCGGGUUAACCCAAGCCAUGUGAGGGAAAUUGGGAAGAUGGCACACUGUGUGGGCCGUUGGAUGUUGCCGGGAGUUGUCUAGAGAGCGCGGGCUCUAAUUGGGUCUGCGUAGCUCAAAAUGAGCAUUAAAUACUCUAGGACUCUCCAUCUACGCCAUGGCCCCUCCUGGAAAUAAUAGACAGGGUAUAUCCCUCGAUAUUUGUGAGGCUAGCCAUGUAAAAUAUGCACAUCUAUCUAUCUAUCUAUCUAGCUUAUCGCCAAAGGAACUUGCUAUUUUAGGCUUUCGUUCAUUCGGCAUGGUUUAUUUCUCUAAAAAAAGCUGACCAA